GACUGACUCCCUCUCUCCUCCUGCAGUCCGACUGUAGCGCACCAGGAGCUGCAGCAGCAGGGAUGAGGAUCCGGCUGCAGGGUCCCGGCCACGCUGCCAGCCUUCUCACUGAGCUCAACCGCUGCCGGCAGUCGCGCCGAUACUGCGAUGUCUUCCUGCAAGUUGGCAACCGCACGUUCGCGGCGCACCGUGCCGUUCUGGCCUGCGCCGGGACGUACUUCCGCAACCUGUUUGCCCGGGCUCCGGCCUCGUCCUCCGCUGCCUUCUCCCUGGAGUUCAUCUCCCCGGCCAACUUCGAGAAGGUGCUGACGUUCGUGUACACGGGGGAGAUCCUGACCGAUCUCAUAGAUGUUGGCGUGCUGUAUGAGCUGGCCGAGAGGCUGGGCGUCAGCGAGCUGGUGAGGGCCUGUCACGCUACCUUCCCCGACCUGCAGGCGUCUGUGUCUGCAAACAGUAAAGAAGGCGGUUCUGGAGACCUCGCCCUGGACUCCAGCAUGGUCGCCGCCGCCGCUGCGUCCACAGUGGCUUCUGUGUCUGCGUCGUCCGUGUGUUCCUCCGCCGCCUCCUGCUCCUCUCUGUCUUCGUCUGCUGCCCCGACCCCGGCUGCCGCCCCCUCACCGCUCUUCCAGGCGAGGACAGCCAGGGCCGGGCGCGAAGCUCACGCUGGGGCUCUGUCUCUGGACCUGAAGGCAGAAGACGUCCAGUCUCACAUCGGCUACGGGCAGAUGGUAGCAGAUCAUCAACCAGCGGGAGGUCAUGGCACCCAUUCCAGUCAGUGUGAGGGCGUGCUGCCUCCGGGGCCGGUGCUCCAGCUGAAGACUGAGCAGGGCCUGGAGGAAGAGGAGGCAGGAGGCAGCUGUGAGGAGGCUGACAGAGACAGACGAAUGAUCCCUGAGAGCGCGGGAAGCUCUCUGCCUCAGAGCAGCGACGCUGCACCGUCUCAGUCCUGCUCCUUCCCAGACUCCUCGGCUCAGCUCGGGGCCGAGGCCUGCGACCCCACGUCGUCCUCGGGGGAGCCUCUGGGCAGCCUGCAGGUGGGAUCCGUGGAGGGCGGCAUGGUGGACGUCCAGAGGGACGGCAGGCUGAUGUUUGGAGAGGUGGAGGACGGAGAGGUGGAGGAGGAGAGGGAGGCUCUGCAAGAGAACGGAGAGAUGGAGGGAACGGAGGAGGAGCAGUGGAGACAGCUGGCGGGCGAGAUCAUCGAGCUGAGCGACGACGAGACCUUCAUGGAGGAGGGAGAUGAGGAGGAGGAUGAAGACGACCUUGUGUGUGUGGACAAUGGAGAGGGAGGGAACUCCAGCAGCCAGGUGACGGGGAACAUGCUGUCAUGUAAAGCCUGCACAGCGCCUCUCCCAGCAGACCCGGCCGCCAUCAGAAGACACGCGGAGACCCACCUGACGGAGCUCGGGCUGUGCAGAGUGUGCGGGGCAUCGUUCCAGGACCGCGGCGCCGGCGUCAACCACACCCUCUCCCAUGUCGGGGUGCAGCUCUUCACCUGCGACAUGUGCCAUCUGCAGUUCUGCAGCCAGAACAAACUGCUGCGCCACCACCGCCAGACCGCCUCCACCUACACAAUACCACAGGGAGCGCUGACCAACAGCGGCGGCCAGGGCCUGAGCGCCGAGCUGCAGUGCGCCGUGUGCACCAAAACCCUCAGCAAGGACUUCCAGACGGUUAAAGACCACCUGCUGGGCCACGUGUGUCCCCAGAGCCUGAGCUGCGGCGUGUGUCACCUCCCCCAGCUCUCCCUGUGCUCCCUGCUGUGGCACGCCCUCGCCCACCUCUCCCUGCCCGUCUUCACCUGCCCGCACUGCGCCCGAUGCUUCGUCGAGCGCUCCCUGCUGGACAGACACAUGGCCGCGCACGCUGACGAGGCGGCGGCGAAGGAGAGGGAGCGGUCGGCGCUCAGGGCGUUCCGAGCCGGGGCGGAUGGAGUCGGGGGAGGUGGACUGGCGGGGGUGGAGGAGUUGCAUUGUUUCCUGUGUCCGCAGACUUUCCGCUCCUCCUCGGCCUUUCAGUACCACCUCAGCCUGCACACCAGCGAGUCCCUGGGGGGGGGCGGAGGGGUCGGAGGUCAGGGCUGGCUGGGCAAACGUAAAGCUGACCAGUCUCUGGAGUGCCCUCCGUCUUCCUGCUCCUCCUCCUCUCCGCGGGAGGUCGGCGGCCUCGUUAAAAUGAGCAACCUGGGUCUGGGUCUGGGGAUGGGCUUCGGCAUACCGGAUAAGUAUUUUCAAGGGUCAGUACACAGCCUGCCCUCUGGGGUCCUGACCAACGGGAGUUCAGGGCAGGACGGGGCAGCCGGAGCGGCGGGCGUCCGCGGGAAAUGGUACCGGUGUCGCUACUGCGGCAAACGCUUCGCCCACUCGGGGGAGUUCACCUAUCACCUCCGCAUCCACACCGGGGAGAAACCCUACCAGUGCAAGGUCUGCCUGCGCUUCUUCAGGGGCCGCUCCACCAUGAUCUGCCACCUGAAGACGCACGCCGGCGCUCUCAUGUACCGCUGCACCGUCUGUGGCCUCUACUUCUCCACGCUGAAGCUGGUGUCGUCGCACAUGGAGCUCCACAAGGACCACCUGCCCCCGGACUUCAACAUCGAGCAGACCUUCAUGUACAAUGAUCACUCGAAAGAACCGCUGCCAGCUGUGGACGCCUGACCGGCUCUGCUCGGGCCCCCGUUCCCUCGCUCUGACACUUCCUGUGUGUCUGGUUGUCGUGGACCACAUACUGAACAUUUUAGACUAGGGCUGCAAAUAAUAAUAAUUUAUUAUACUAAUUAAUUUUUUGAUCAAUCGAUUAAUCGUUUAAUCACAAUGGCCUUGACUCCAGAGGUGGCAACAGUACAGACAUUGUUCACUCGAGUGGAAGUACAGAUACUUGUGUAAAAAAAGACUCCGGUAAAAGUAGAAGUACUGAUUCUGAUUCUCAAGUAAAAGUGAAAAAGUUCAGGCUCUGAAAUGUUCCUCAAAGUAUAAAAGUACUCUCUUGGUCUCUCUGAAGCUCAUUAAUAGGGCUGCAUAAUUAAUACAAAUAUUAUCAGAAUCCCAAUAUGGUCCAAGUGCAAUAUCCAAAUCACAGAAGCUGCAAUGUUUUGUUAAAGUUAAAAUGUGAUAAACGUAAUAAAAAGCUUUAUAAUGAAAUACUGCAGAGACGCUCUGGUCUAUGAAACUUCUCCAGAUUAAAGAAUAGAUGUUUGUUUGGUACAGAUAAUGUCACAUUAUCAAGAUUUUAAGUUUUAAAUGAUAAUUCCUACUAAUCAUGAAUCAUAUGUGUCAAAAUAAUGAUCAAUCUGAUGUUUUUACUAUAAAGUGCAGCUCUUAUCAUAAUUCCCCUCUAAUGCAUGAAAGCAACCACCCCGAUUUGAAACUGUGAGGAGGAGAAAGUACAGAUAUCAGUGUAAAAAUAGGGAGUCAGAAAAUAAAUACUUCUUAAGAAGAACUACUUUUAAGUAUUUGUACUUUGUUACUUUGUUCCCAACUCUGCUUGAGUCUAAGGUGACUUCAAAAUCUUUAAAAAGAACCAGAACUCAGUUUACAACCAUAUAAAAACAGACAACGUCGGCAUUUUUACUCCAUAAACGACUUAAAUCGAUGAUCAGAAUAGUUGCAGACGACUUUUCUAACGGGUGAACGGUGUCGGCUCUAUGAUUAGACUUAGACUCUUAGGACGUAGUGGACGUAUUAUCAGUCAGAUGCCGUUCAUUCAGUCAGCCACUUGGCGGCGCUGUAUCCUGUUCUGUGUCAGUGGAAGAAGAGAAGCUCUGUAUCUAACUACCAGGAUAGGUUUUUAUGUCCGUGAUUGAUAAUUACACUGUUAUUAAAGUAGCACCUCAUUGUAGCGUAGAAAUUAUUUUCCUAUAUCUGCAGUCACUAUUUUUCACACACCAAGAUUUUUUAUGUCUUUUGGCUCCACAGAUACACAACGGGACCAGCCACAUAAAAGAGCGCAUUUUAUUUCUCAUUGAGACUUAAAAAAAAAACGUUUUUAAUGUUGAAUCUUUAUGAAUAAUAUGCCAUCAGUCACAUGCUGCGUUCACUGGUUCAGAGCGUGUGGUGCUGUAUAAACAUGAUAUUUAAGUGCCCAUCACAUUUCUGUGUAACAAAAUGUUUUUUCUUACCUCAUAUUUAUGACGACAGUGCAACUAUUUAUUAUUUUUAUGCCUUUAUACAUUUCAUUAUCUGUUUCUAAAGCUGUCUAUGAAUGUUGGCCUUUUUUAAAAUCUUGUUUUUGAGAAUAAUAAAUGCUUCUAGGAA